GCUCGAGCUUGUGGGUUUCUCUUUCUCUCAUCACAGGAGGAGUGUCACUCGUUGUUUUUCCUCGCUCAAUGUGUUAACAGAAGGAUUACAAUCACUGGUAUGGAUAGCCAAUCCUUGCGGGACUUAAUUCGUUAAGGGUGGCUUUGUUUGUCUCUGGAAAAACAGUGGACUUUAUGCGCUAUAUAGCCUAUUUAUUAUUCAAAGUGGCCAGAAUUGCUCGCGGUGGGUUACUUUUUUUUUUUUACACUUUAUGUGUUUUCCGGUAAAUGUAGUUGGGCGUCAAAAGUUUAGAAACAGUAUUGUUAUUUUGGGAGAGCUUUCAAACGAAGCUUGAACUCAGCAUGACCAGUCUCGAGGCGGUUGUAAGCGCGAAUUACGAUGCUGUUCAAUUUUUAAAAAGACGGCAGGGACAGAGCUGUAUUCCUAAUGCCUGAUGUGAAAUCCCCCUGUGGCUUUGAGGAGCACGGAUGAGAAUGAGCACGGAUCUGGAGCGCGUUUCUCUCAAGUCGGGCACAAACUCGCUGGGCUCCGGUGGCCGCGCGUUAUCCGUUAACGUCAAGAAGUUGCACAACGCGCUUAAUGUGCUGCUCAAUGACUUCGAACGGGAGCAGUUCAUCCACUGCCUCAAUGUUUACCACGCUAAGCGUAAUGUCUUCGAUCUCGUGCAGACUCUCAAAGUCAUUCUUAUCACGCCCAACAAACGCCAACUGCUACCCAUGCUGCGCCUGGUCAUACCCCGGUCAGACCAGCUGCUGUUCGACCAGUACACGUCGGAAGGUCUGUAUCUGAAAACGGAUCUGCUAGCAAGCAGUACCAAUCAUGAGUGCUCGCAAGAAAUAAGCAACCAGAAUGCCCAUGCUGGAGCAUCUUCAGUGCACUUUUUCAAUGAGCAGGCCGAUCCCAGUCAGGGAUCUGUGCGCGCAGGUCCCGUUUUCAGCACCACAGCUGAGCGGACAGUUCCAGGGGGCCCUUGUCCAAGCGCCGCGCUGAUGCAGGAAGCAUCUGAUGAGAUUCGGCAAGUUACGCUGAAACGGAGCAAGAGCCACCAAGGCCUGGGCUUCAGCAUACGGGGUGGGUCAGAGCAUGGAGUUGGGAUCUAUGUGUCUUUGGUGGAGCCGGGAUCAUCCGCUGAGAGAGAGGGACUGAGAGUUGGAGACCAGAUCAUGAAAGUGAAUAACAUGGUGUUUGUCCGAGUCACUCAUGGAGAAGCUGUCAAGGUAUUGAAAGGUUCUAAGAAGCUCUCCAUGACUGUCUGUUCCAUGGGACGGAUCCCAGGUGGUUAUGUGACCAAUCAUGUAUACACCUGGGUGGACCCUCAGGGUCACAGUGUGUCCCCACCCCCAGACCUGGUUGAGCAGCAUGGCUCAGGCAGAAGACACUCAGACAUCCAGCAACAUGGACACACACAUGCACAGAAUGAGGCCGCUGAGAAGAGGGUAAAUAUCUCACUAGAUGACGGCCGAUCUCUAGGACUCAUGAUCCGUGGGGGUGCUGAGUAUGCUCUGGGCAUCUACAUCACUGGAGUGGACAGAGGAUCUGCUGCAGAGUAUGGCGGACUAAAGGUAGGGGAUCAGAUUCUGGCCGUCAAUGGCCGUAAUUUCCGGAGUAUUUCUCAUGAUGCGGCUGUGCAGAUCUUAAAGAAUUCCCACCAAAUGCUGAUGGCCAUAAAAGAUGUGGGGCGGCUGCCUCACGCACGCACUGUGGUGGAUGAGACCAAGUGGAUCCCUAGCGCACAGAUUGCUGAGAGCUCAGCCAAUAGCAAUGCCCAGAGUGGUUUAUCUGUUGAUGUUGGAGCAAGUUCGGGAAAGUCAGUCUGGCGUAAAAGUGUUGUGCCUGCGGUCGGAGCAGUGCAUGCUGGUGCGUGGAGUUCACUGGAGGAACAGGCAUACAUGCUUUUGACAGAGACAGAAAGACAGACCAUGAGCUAUUACAUUCAAGAGUACCAGCGCGACCAUAUCGGAGUAGAGGCUCUGGCGAUGGCCCUGUUUGAACUCUUUAACACUCAUGCUAAGCUGUCCUUGUUGGCUGAGGUGCGGACUCUGAUCUCUCCACAGGAUCUGAAGCGUUUCGAUGGGCAGGUGGUACAUCGUGAAAUGGAGGCAUGGAGAGCCCGGCAUGGAGGCCCAGGACUGCUACAACCCGAUUCUAUCUGUUUCUCGCAUCCAGAGGGACACACUCCCUCAGCCUGCCAGAUGACCCCUGCUGUCCCUGACUUCAACAAGACUGAGUGCAGGUUGGAUGGAGAUUUGAUGCCUCUUGAGAGUCUGAAUGCUCUUCCUUACAAUGAUCUGGACAAGUUGCAGUCCUCAUCUGAGUCACCACCCUCUUUCAAGCCUCCCCCUCCACCUGCUCAAGGCCAUGUUCAUCACGGAAGCCCUAAAGGUCAGACCAAACGCCCGUCAUCCAAACUGUCCCAGUCCAACCUUCUAUUUACCGCCUCCUGUAGGCGGCACCAGGAAAGCCACGCCCACAAUCACCCUCACUCACACCUGCCCUGCUCUGCCCACAAUUCACCUUGUACCAUCCACCACACCUCCUCCACCUGCUCUGUCUAUCACACUCCUCCACCUUGUUCUCUCCAUCACAAUUCCCCACUGUCCUCCUACCAUGCGAGCCCUUCAUCUGGACCAUUGACGACAGACCUUGUUCAGUUUCUGAUGAGCAGGCAAGCAGCAGUGCUUUCCCCACAUCCAGGGUCUCCUAAUCAUUCUCGGGAAGGCACGCCAACCCCCAUGAUCUCUCCACAUUCUUCACCAUCCCUUUCUCCUUCGCUGCAAAUGCCGUUGCCACCCCCCUGUAGCCCAGAAAAGCCAAAGGGCUCCCCCUCUACACACUCCUAUGGUGAAGCCCAAAGCAGCCCACUGCACGCUGAGCCUGAGACGGCAGAUGAAAGACCCCAGCCCCAGCUGCGAGGAGCCACGCUGUCCCAGCUGUCAGACAGCGGGCAGACUCUGAGUGAGGACAGUGGAGUGGACAUUGCAGAGGCUGGAGGGUUGAGUAAGGACAGCAGUCCGCGGCCAGGUAAACCUCCCUUCCUGCAGGUCAUAGGGGACUUGCGCAGACUGGAAGGACUUGCACAGGCUGCAAAUCAGAUGGGAAUAAUGGAGCCUACUCUUGUACGGGUGCCCAAGUGUGCCAGCACAUUGGGUAUUGCUGUUGAAGGGGGUGCCAACACCAGACAGCCUCUGCCACGCAUUGUGACCAUACAGAAUGGGGGCUCUGCACACAUCUGCGGGCAGUUACGGGUGGGUCAGGUGAUUCUCAAGGUGAACGGUGUGUCACUUAAAGGCAUGGAGCACCGGGACGCAACUCGGGUCAUUGCUGAGGCCUUUGGUAAGACCAAAGACAAGGACCACGUCGACUUCUUGAUCACAGAGUCCUCCACUCUGUAGAAGUCAUCCCUCAAGAGACUUUGCACACUACUAGAUGACACUGCAAAGAACUUGCAUUUACUGAACGAGUCAUACUUGUCAUAUCUGAGUCAUAAUUAGCUUGGAGUUCAAGAGCCAUCACACACCCACCUUGCAUCUUAUGCUCUCGCGACAACAGCGUGCAGUCAGGCUGUCUGGCUUGGUUAAUGACGUCCACCACAGAAAUACAUUUUAUGAUCUUAGCAUGUCCCAGUAUUUGAACUGCAGGCCGUGAAUGAAAGCCAAAAUUGUAAUGUAAAUGGGUUUGUUAUGUUAAGGGUUUUAGGUUUGAAUUCAGCCUAUUAAAUAUUUCCACAUAUACUGUAUAUCUCUAAAGCCACAGCUUCAUCUCUGGUCUCCUCUCGCUUCAAGGACAACUUACCAUCCACAGACAAUGACAAAAUGGAUAGCAUUUAAAAUCCAGUGUGAGAGCGUGACAUGAUUAUUGGUAAGUGGAAUAUCAAUCUUAAACAGUCUUUAAACAGAUGCUCAUACAAUUAAAAUGUUAAAUGAAAUGAAGUCAACGUAUAAGCAAGGAUGUGAUUGCUAAUAUGCCAUUGAAAUACCCAUAUUGAUCUACCAUUAAUCUAAACUUUCAGGAGGAUGCCUCCCCCUUAAUGUCUGUGGUGGUUAUCAUAUUAUCAAAUGACACAGUCUUUUUUUUUUUGGUAACUGUUUUAAACACUACUACUUUAAACUAAAUGGAGGCAGAUAAUUGUUCCUGGACAGACGGAGAGAGGAGGAGGAUGCCUCUAGUAUCUCAAUACUCAGUGUUUUUUUUAAUCUUUCUUUCUCUCUCUUUGUAUGUCUUGCUCACUCUUUUAAAGUUUUUUUAGUCUCAUGUUAGUGUGCAUACGUAACAGAGAGGUAUUGAAAAUGGGCAUAACAGAUAAACAGAUAAAUAUUAAAUCUUGAAAUUUGUUUGUAAAUGCAUGGCUCAUGAUUAUUCAACAUACAGAGAGAGUUAUUGAAUAUAGGUAAAAUUAUCUAAAGCUUUAUAUAUAUUAUUUAUGUAAUAUAUAUUUUUGUCACAUAUUGUUGAAAUGUUUUAACUAUUUUAAAAACAUAAAAAUAUGAAGCCAAAACAUCACCAGUUAGACUUGAAACGUGGAUGCAUAUACUGUAGCUUUACAACCUAAGAAAUAGAUGUUUUCUCUUUUCCCAUUAGAUGUCCAAAAACCAUAAAUCCAUAAACCACAAACCAUCACACAUAUAGUUUGUCUUUCACUUUGUACAUAUGUCCAGUUUGUUUAUUUGUUGUAUUUUGCAAUGUGAAAUACAUAAUAUUUUAUCUUACAGAAACUGUAAUAUUGUAGGCUAAUUAUGGAGCAGUCCAUAAACCAUGCACAGGA